AUGCACCCCAACUUGAUGACCUCAGCCUUGACGGCGUUUAGCGCCCUUAUCAUUGGGUCCAACGCUCUUCAUACAACAGGAAACGAUCAAGUUAUCAAGUAUGCCAUUCACAAAAUGCGGGAAACACAAAGCAAUACGUCCCAUGCUGUUUCCACCGGGGUUGCAAACCAAAAUUGGCUCUACACAGUGGAACUGUCGAUAGGAACACCUCCUCAGAAAACUCUCGUUCAGUUGGAUACAGGCUCAAGCGAAAUGUGGGUUAAUGCCAACUGCAGCGCCGCUCCAACUGCGCUGAAUCAGAAGGCAUUAUGUGACAAAGUGCCCGUGUACAAAGUCAACGACUCCAGCACGGCGACUGGGCCCUUGGGUUCUAGCCAGAUUCAGUACGGGGUAGGCGAACAAUUAACGGGUGUAAGGUUCAACUACUAUAAAGAUACCGUUAAUAUUAGCGGAAUCGAGAUUAAGGAACAGAUUUUCGGUGUUGCUUGGGCUAGUGCCAACGUUCCAAUUGGAAUCUUGGGCCUCGGACCCGACUUGGAUCGGGGUUUUGCUCUCAAUGAGUCUCAUCCACUUGUUCUCGAUACAAUGGCCCAAUCGAAAGCUAUAUCAAGCAGAGUCUACAGCGUUGGCCUUGGCGGGGCCGAUGAAGCGGAGGGAUCAUUAAUAUUUGGAGGCAUCGACAAGGGGAGAUACACCGGUUCGCUAGAAAAGCUUCCCAUUGUGAAAAGCAGGGGGGGCAAAUCCAGGCAAGUACCCCAAGCUCAGCUUCCAAUUCCUCUACAGUCCAAAGAAACUAACCGCCUGAUCAGACUCACUGUCGAUCUUGCUGCAUUGAGUAUACACGGAAAAGGCAAAUCCCGCGAGUAUGACAUUUCUAAUCAAACCAACGUUUUGCUUGACACCGGUUACACAAUGUCAAAGUUGAACCAAAAGCUAGCCGAGCAAAUCUACACAGACAUCGGGGCAAAACUAGAUGAGAGCCUCGGGUAUUAUGUGGUGGAUUGUUCUGUCCGAGAUGUCGAUGGGGGCCUUGAUUUCAAGUUUGGUAACAAAACAAUCACGGUCCCAUUUCAUGAAUUCAUUUUCACGGCAGAGGGCAUCUGUGCUGCCGGAUUGGAACCAGUAGAGGACGAUCAGCAGCAAGUAUUGGGCCUAAGUUUCCUGAGAGCUGCAUACGUGAUUUUUGACUGGGACAAUGAGAAUGCUCAUCUAGCACAGUCGGCAAAUUGUACCUCGGAGAUCGUGCCAGCUACAACCGGGCCAGAUGCCGUCCCAUCCGUGGUAGGAAAUUGCGAAGCGAGUUUAUCAACCUCGAACCUUUCUUCCGCGGCGACGAGACUAGAAAAAGUGUCUAUGCUCAUGUUUAUACUAACGAUGGCGGUUCUGGUGUGA